GAACCUGGUAAUAUUUUUAUGUGGAGUUAAUUGAGCAAGAGCUCCUGACUGUAGAGAAAUAUUAUUGUAGGAAAUAAAGAUUUAAAUUUUUACAUUUUAUUGCUGCUCCAUAAAAGGAACGUUGUUUUCAUCGUCUGUGCAAUUGUCUACAGGGCAAAUAAUUAGGGAUGUGAUUGGAUAACUGUGACUGAGAAGGAGUGUGAAACUUAAGAAAACGAUGUACUUGUUUCGAAGUUGUUGACUGAGGAAGGUCUGAACAAUGGCACUUCCUCCAUACCUGUUGGGUCCUCAUCCAUGGGCCACUAUGAUGGCACAGCAGCAGGCAGCACAUGCCCAGUUGGCUGCAGCUGCACAAGCACAGGCCCAAGUCCAGGCGGCCCAUGCACAGGCCGCAGCCCAUGCACAGGCAGCCCAUGCUGCAGCUCAGCAGGCCCACUUGCAAGCACAGGUUCACCAAGUGCACCAUCAUCCUCCCCCUCCACAUGCCCAACCACACAAGCAGCAUGAAAUCAUCACAGAAGAGAAAUUGCAAGAAAAAGCACAAAAAUGGCAGCAGCUGCAGUCCAAGAGGUUCUCAGAGAAGAGGAAAUUUGGGUUUGUUGAUGCCCAGAAAGAGGACAUGCCUCCAGAACAUAUUCGUAAGAUCAUUCGUGAUCAUGGAGAUAUGAGCAGUAGAAAAUACAGACAUGAUAAACGAGUCUAUUUAGGUGCAUUGAAAUAUAUGCCUCAUGCAGUUAUGAAACUCCUGGAGAACAUGCCGAUGCCUUGGGAACAGAUUCGAGAUGUGAAAGUGUUGUACCAUAUCACUGGAGCCAUCACUUUCGUGAAUGAGAUUCCGUGGGUCAUUGAACCUGUGUAUAUAGCACAGUGGGGCACAAUGUGGAUUAUGAUGCGCCGGGAGAAGCGAGAUCGUCGGCACUUCAAGAGAAUGCGUUUUCCUCCAUUUGAUGAUGAGGAACCUCCUCUUGAUUAUGCUGAUAAUGUGUUGGAUGUGGAACCCUUGGAAGCCAUCCAGAUUGAACUCGAUCCAGACAAAGAUGCAUCAGUCUGCAAGUGGUUUUAUGAUCACAAGCCACUAGUGGGAAGCAAACAUGUAAAUGGCUCGACAUACAGACGCUGGAACUUGUCACUGCCGCAGAUGGCUACACUCUAUCGACUUGCUAAUCAGCUUCUCACAGACUUGGUGGAUAUCAACUUUUUUUACCUUUUUGAUCACAAAUCAUUCUUCACAGCCAAAGCUUUGAAUAUGGCCAUUCCAGGAGGUCCUAAAUUUGAACCUCUUAUAAAGGAUUCUAAUCCUGCGGAUGAAGACUGGAAUGAGUUCAACGAUAUCAACAAGAUUAUCAUCCGUCAACCAAUUCGUACAGAGUAUAGGAUUGCAUUCCCAUACCUUUACAAUAAUAUGCCCCAUUAUGUCCAUCUUUCAUGGUACCAUGCACCCAAUGUGGUGUAUAUCAAGACAGAAGAUCCUGACUUACCAGCUUUCUAUUUUGAUCCACUCAUCAAUCCAAUAUCUCACAGACACUCACUUAAGGCUACAGAGCCUUUGCCUGAAGAUGAUGAGGAGUUUGAAUUGCCUGAGGAGGUACAGCCAUUCCUGCAGGAAACACCACUGUACACGGAUAACACAGCAAAUGGCAUCGCUCUUCUUUGGGCUCCUAGACCAUUUAACAUCAGAUCAGGUCGGACUCGCAGAGCAAUUGAUGUGCCUCUUGUGAAGUCAUGGUACAGGGAACAUUGUCCACCUGGUCAACCAGUGAAAGUGAGAGUCAGCUACCAGAAGUUGCUGAAAUACUUCGUAUUGAAUGCACUGAAGCACAGACCACCAAAACCACAGAAGAAACGGUACCUGUUCCGGUCAUUCAAGUCUACAAAGUUCUUUCAAACAACCACACUCGACUGGGUUGAGGCUGGGCUACAGGUGUGCCGUCAAGGUUAUAACAUGCUGAAUCUGCUGAUACAUCGUAAAAAUCUGAACUACUUGCAUCUAGACUACAAUUUCAACUUGAAACCUGUUAAGACUCUCACAACAAAGGAGCGAAAGAAGUCUCGUUUUGGAAAUGCUUUCCAUCUUUGUCGUGAGAUCCUGCGUUUGACAAAGUUGAUUGUUGACUCACAUGUCCAGUACCGCUUGAACAAUGUGGAUGCAUUCCAGCUGUCAGACGGUAUUCAGUACAUCUUUGCACAUGUGGGGCAACUCACAGGAAUGUAUCGCUACAAGUACAAACUGAUGAGGCAGAUACGGAUGUGCAAGGAUCUUAAGCACCUAAUCUACUAUCGCUUCAAUACUGGUCCAGUGGGGAAAGGCCCUGGAUGUGGUUUCUGGGCUCCGGGAUGGAGAGUUUGGCUCUUCUUCAUGCGAGGAAUCACCCCACUGCUGGAGCGAUGGCUUGGCAACCUUCUUUCUAGACAGUUUGAGGGUCGACACUCCAAAGGAGUUGCCAAGACUGUCACCAAACAGAGAGUAGAAAGUCACUUUGAUCUGGAACUUCGAGCCUCUGUGAUGCACGAUAUUGUGGACAUGAUGCCUGAGGGAAUCAAACAGAAUAAAGCCAGAACCAUUCUUCAGCAUCUCUCAGAAGCUUGGCGAUGCUGGAAAGCAAACAUUCCAUGGAAGGUACCUGGUCUUCCCAUCCCAAUUGAGAACAUGAUCCUGCGUUAUGUGAAGAUGAAGGCAGAUUGGUGGACCAACACGGCUCACUAUAACCGCGAGCGUAUCCGUCGUGGAGCUACAGUUGACAAGACAGUAUGCAAGAAGAACUUAGGUCGACUCACUCGACUGUAUCUCAAGGCUGAACAGGAACGUCAGCAUAACUACUUGAAGGAUGGUCCAUACAUCUCACCUGAAGAGGCUGUUGCCAUCUACACCACCACAGUUCAUUGGCUUGAAUCUCGAAGAUUUGCACCUAUUCCAUUCCCCCCUCUCUCGUACAAGCAUGACACCAAACUUCUGAUCUUGUCAUUGGAGAGGCUGAAGGAAGCAUACAGUGUGAAAUCCAGGCUGAAUCAAAGCCAGCGAGAGGAACUGGGUCUGAUUGAACAAGCCUAUGAUAAUCCUCACGAGGCUUUGUCACGAAUCAAGAGACAUUUGCUUACGCAGAGGGCUUUCAAAGAGGUUGGUAUUGAGUUUAUGGAUCUCUACAGUCAUUUGGUGCCAGUGUAUGAUGUCGAGCCACUGGAAAAGAUUACAGAUGCUUAUUUGGAUCAGUAUUUGUGGUAUGAAGCAGAUAAGCGAAGAUUAUUCCCUCCAUGGGUGAAGCCCUCGGAUACGGAACCACCCCCACUGCUGGUGUACAAGUGGUGCCAAGGUAUCAACAAUCUGCAGGAUGUCUGGGAUGUAAUGGAAGGUGAAUGCAAUGUACUUCUUGAGUCCAAGUUUGAAAAGAUGUAUGAAAAGAUUGACUUGACACUGCUGAACAGAUUACUCAGGCUCAUUGUGGACCACAACAUUGCCGAUUACAUGACAGCCAAAAACAACGUUGUUAUCAACUAUAAGGACAUGAACCAUACCAACAGCUAUGGGAUCAUCCGUGGUCUGCAGUUUGCAUCUUUCAUUGUGCAGUACUAUGGGCUUGUGCUUGAUCUCUUAGUCCUUGGGUUGCAGCGAGCCUCUGAAAUGGCUGGUCCUCCACAGAUGCCGAAUGACUUCCUUACAUUCCAGGAUGUUGCGUCAGAAGUUGCACAUCCCAUCAGACUCUUCUGUCGUUACGUAGACAGAGUUCACAUAUUUUUCAGGUUUACUGCUGAGGAGGCAAGAGAUUUGAUUCAGAGGUACCUGACAGAGCAUCCAGACCCAAACAAUGAAAACAUUGUUGGCUACAACAACAAGAAGUGUUGGCCACGAGAUGCAAGAAUGAGGCUCAUGAAGCACGAUGUGAAUCUUGGCCGUGCUGUAUUCUGGGACAUCAAGAACAGACUUCCACGAUCCACAACUACCAUUCAAUGGGAAAACAGCUUUGUCAGUGUCUACUCUAAGGACAAUCCAAAUUUAUUGUUCAACAUGAGCGGUUUUGAGUGCCGUAUUCUUCCCAAGUGUCGAACUACUCAUGAGGAAUUCACACAUCGGGAUGGUGUAUGGAAUCUCCAGAAUGAAGUGACAAAAGAGAGAACAGCCCAGUGUUUCUUACGUGUUGAUGAAGAAUCUCUUCAGCGUUUCCACAACAGAGUUCGGCAGAUUCUCAUGGCUAGUGGUUCAACGACAUUCACAAAGAUUGUUAACAAGUGGAACACAGCGUUGAUAGGGUUGAUGACAUACUUCCGUGAAGCUGUUGUGAACACUCAAGAACUACUGGACCUAUUAGUGAAAUGUGAAAAUAAAAUUCAGAGGAGGAUAAAGAUUGGUCUGAACUCAAAAAUGCCUUCAAGAUUUCCACCUGUUGUAUUUUACACACCCAAAGAACUUGGAGGCCUUGGAAUGCUUUCAAUGGGCCAUGUGUUAAUUCCACAGUCUGAUUUGAGGUGGUCAAAACAAACUGAUGUUGGUAUCACCCACUUUCGUUCUGGCAUGAGUCACGAUGAAGAUCAGCUGAUUCCGAACUUGUACCGGUACAUCCAGCCGUGGGAAUCAGAGUUCAUAGAUUCGCAGCGUGUAUGGGCUGAGUAUGCUCUCAAACGACAGGAAGCCAAUGCACAGAACAGAAGACUGACAUUGGAGGAUUUGGAAGACAGUUGGGACAGAGGCAUUCCCCGUAUCAAUACACUCUUCCAGAAGGAUCGGCAUACCCUAGCCUAUGAUAAAGGGUGGAGAAUUAGAACAGAAUUUAAGCAGUACCAGGUUUUGAAACAGAAUCCUUUCUGGUGGACACACCAGCGCCAUGAUGGCAAACUGUGGAACCUGAACAAUUAUCGUACAGAUAUGAUUCAAGCUCUUGGAGGUGUGGAAGGCAUCCUUGAGCACACACUCUUUAAGGGUACUUACUUUCCCACCUGGGAAGGUCUCUUUUGGGAAAAGGCAUCAGGAUUUGAAGAAUCCAUGAAGUAUAAGAAGCUGACAAAUGCCCAGAGGUCAGGCUUGAACCAGAUCCCAAACCGUCGUUUCACUCUUUGGUGGUCACCAACCAUUAAUCGAGCAAAUGUGUAUGUUGGUUUCCAGGUACAAUUGGAUCUAACUGGCAUAUUUAUGCAUGGCAAGAUCCCAACACUCAAGAUAUCAUUGAUCCAGAUAUUCCGUGCCCACUUGUGGCAGAAAGUGCAUGAAUCCAUUGUCAUGGAUCUCUGCCAGGUGUUUGAUCAGGAGCUGGAUGCUUUGGAGAUUGAGACUGUGCAGAAGGAGACUAUUCAUCCUCGUAAAUCCUACAAGAUGAACUCUUCAUGUGCUGAUAUCCUCCUGUUUGCAGCAUACAAGUGGAAUGUCUCGAGGCCAUCCCUUCUAGCUGACUCAAAGGACACAAUGGACAACACCACAACACAGAAGUACUGGAUUGACGUGCAGCUUCGAUGGGGUGACUAUGACUCUCAUGACAUUGAGAGAUACGCUAGAGCAAAGUUCCUGGACUAUACAACGGAUAAUAUGUCCAUCUAUCCAUCUCCUACAGGAUUGCUCAUUGCUAUUGAUUUGGCAUACAAUUUAUACAGUGCCUAUGGAAACUGGUAUCCAGGCUGCAAACCGCUGAUCCAGCAAGCCAUGGCAAAGAUUAUGAAGGCAAAUCCAGCAUUAUAUGUACUGAGGGAACGCAUCAGGAAGGCUCUGCAGCUGUACUCGUCAGAGCCUACUGAACCGUACCUCUCAUCUCAAAACUACGGAGAGCUCUUUUCCAACCAGAUCAUCUGGUUUGUGGAUGAUACCAAUGUGUAUCGUGUGACUAUCCACAAAACAUUUGAGGGCAAUUUGACGACAAAGCCAAUCAAUGGAGCAAUCUUCAUCUUCAAUCCUCGUACUGGUCAGCUGUUCCUGAAGAUCAUUCACACUUCUGUGUGGGCUGGGCAGAAACGUUUGGGGCAGCUGGCAAAGUGGAAGACAGCAGAGGAAGUGGCUGCUCUAAUUCGGUCAUUGCCUGUGGAAGAGCAGCCAAAACAGAUCAUUGUCACGAGAAAGGGAAUGUUGGAUCCACUUGAGGUACACUUGCUGGACUUUCCCAACAUUGUGAUCAAGGGUUCAGAGUUGCAGUUGCCAUUCCAGGCCUGUCUCAAAGUAGAGAAAUUUGGUGAUCUGAUUCUGAAAGCCACAGAGCCACAGAUGGUUCUCUUCAACCUGUAUGAUGACUGGCUGAAGACCAUAUCUUCAUACACAGCCUUCUCACGUCUGAUCUUGAUUCUGCGAGCCCUGCAUGUGAACACAGAGUGUACCAAAGUGAUACUGAAACCUGACAAGACGACCAUCACAGAGCCCCAUCACAUCUGGCCAACAUUAACUGAUGAGGAAUGGAUUAAGGUGGAAGUUCAGCUGAAAGAUCUCAUUCUUGCAGAUUAUGGCAAGAAAAAUAAUGUCAAUGUGGCAUCACUGACUCAGUCAGAAAUUCGUGACAUCAUUUUGGGUAUGGAGAUUAGUGCUCCAUCAGCUCAGCGCCAGCAGAUAGCAGAAAUUGAGAAACAAACGAAGGAACAGUCUCAGCUCACAGCUACUACAACACGAACAGUCAACAAACAUGGUGAUGAGAUUAUCACAUCCACCACAUCCAAUUAUGAGACGCAGACAUUCAGCUCUAAGACUGAGUGGCGGGUGCGUGCCAUCUCAGCAACAAAUCUUCAUUUGCGAACUAAUCACAUCUAUGUGUCGUCUGAUGACAUCAAGGAGACAGGCUACACGUACAUUCUUCCAAAGAAUGUCCUGAAAAAGUUUGUGACCAUCUCAGAUUUGAGAGCACAGAUUGCCGGAUACCUUUAUGGUAUGAGUCCACCUGAUAAUCCUCAGGUGAAGGAAAUUCGUUGCAUUGUGAUGGCUCCACAGUGGGGCACUCAUCAGACCGUGCACUUACCUAACCAGUUGCCACAGCAUCAGUACCUCAAGGAGAUGGAACCGCUGGGUUGGAUACAUACCCAGCCCAAUGAGUUGCCUCAGCUGUCGCCACAGGACAUUACUACGCACGCCAAAGUAAUGGCAGAUAAUUCUACAUGGGAUGGAGAGAAAACUAUUAUCAUCACUUGCAGCUUCACUCCUGGAUCUUGCUCUCUGACAGCUUAUAAACUCACUCCGAGUGGAUACGAGUGGGGUCGACAGAACACUGAUAAAGGCAACAACCCAAAAGGUUACUUACCAAGCCAUUAUGAGAAGGUGCAGAUGUUACUUUCAGACAGGUUCCUUGGUUUCUUCAUGGUUCCAACACAAGGUUCAUGGAACUACAAUUUCAUGGGUGUCCGCCAUGAUCCUAACAUGAAGUAUGAGUUGCAGCUUUGCAAUCCGAAGGAAUUUUACCAUGAAGUUCACCGCCCAGCCCAUUUCCUUAACUUCUCGUCCUUGGAGGAUGGAGAUGGAGUUGGGGCAGACAGAGAAGACAUGUAUGCAUAAGUUGCAAGGUGUACAUAUGUAUGUGUGAACAUUGUAUGUGUAUAUAAAGAAAUGUCAUUUGAGUUUUCAAUUUUAAUAAGUUCAGUGUUAAUUAGUGUUAAUUAUUAAGACUUGUGUAAUGAUAAAGUGUCUGUGACUCUAUUAGAAACAUUUUAUUAUAUCAGAACAGCUUCAUUAGAUAAUCAGUGGGAAGUGAGCAUUCCUAUUUUCAUAUGUUAUUGCAGUAAUUAUGAGUCACAUGUAACUUCUAGAAUUUUGUGUUACACUACUUUGUGUUCACAUACAUGUUUAAAUCUAGGAUCAAUAAAGAAUUACACUAUAUACGGUU